CAUGUCAUCAACACUGGAUAAAUACUGCGGCUCCACGUUUUGGAAUGAUUCAUACUUGGACCGGCCAGACCCUGACUUCCCUGUGUGCUUGGAGCAGACUGUCCUAGUAUGGAUUCCUCUGGGAUUUCUGUGGAUUUGUGCACCAUGGCAGCUCCCACCCUUAUUCAGGCCAAGACACAGUAGAGGCAGAUAUUCAAAACUCUACCUAGUAAAGCAGGCCCUUUCUUGCCUGCUGUUCUUGACGUCCGUGAUUGGGUUGAUUAUCACAUUGUUGGAAGAUUUAGGAAACUAUAGAGACCCUACACCUGACAAGCUGAACCCUCUGGUUCUCUACGUAAACCCUUCCAUUUAUGCAGCGACUUGGUUGAUGAUGUUGCUGAUCCACGAGAGCAGAAGACGCACUAAUAACGAGAACUCUCCUUACCUCUUCAUAUUCUGGCUGUUGUCCGUCUUGUGUGGUGUCUUUAUGCUGCAAACUUUAAUCAGACUGGCUAUUAAAGAGGGAAGUACUCCUGAUUUACCGCGUUUCUCAUUGUUUUGCAUCUCCUACGGACUUGAAUGCAUCUCAUUCAUUGCCUCCUGCAUUUCUGAUGUAUCUUCAGAAGUUAAAGCUGCUGCAGAGAAGAAUCCACAAGUAUCUGCAUCGUUCCUCAGUCAAAUAACGUUUCACUGGUAUAACAGGAUGAUGAUCAAGGGAUACAAAAAACCCCUGGAGACAAAGCAUCUUUGGGAAUUGAAUGAGUCUGAUAAAACGCAAACCAUUCAUGCCAACUUUGAACGGUACAUGAUAAAAGACCUGAAGGAGGCGUGGAGGAAGAUGGAAAGAAAGCAGAAAAGGGAAAUUCAUAAAGACAAAGAACAAAUGAACGGCUUCAGCAGGAGUGUCAGUCAGGACAUCUUAGUCAUGGAAGAAAAGAGCAGGAAAGACAAAAAGAAAAAGCCCAAGAAGGAGGAGUCAGCACCAAAGGUGGCUGAGGGGUGGCUGGUACUGUCGAUUAUGAAAACCUUUCGACUCGUCCUCAUCAAGGGGGUCAUUUUUAAACUGUUCCAUGAUGCGCUGUCAUUUGUAAGCCCACAGCUGCUGAAGCUGAUGAUUUCCUUUACUGCGGACACAUCUAUUUACCUGUGGAAGGGAUAUCUGUAUGCCAUACUGCUGUUCGUCACUGCCUUGAUUCAGUCACUAAUAUUGCAGCAGUAUUUCCAGUGUUGUUUCCUGCUAGGAAUGCGAGUGCGGACUGCUAUCAUAGCAGCUGUCUAUAAGAAGGCCCUGACAGUAUCCAAUGCAGCCCGCAAGGAAUCGACAGUGGGCGAGAUUGUGAACUUGAUGGCCGUGGAUGCACAGAGGUUGAAUGAUGUCACAAACUUCAUCCAUUUGCUAUGGUCAGCUCCUUUGCAGAUUUUGGUCGGGAUUGCUUUCCUGUGGGAGGAACUGGGACCCUCGACCUUGGCUGGGCUGGCAGUCAUGAUCAUACUGAUCCCUGUCAAUGGGGUGUUGGCAAGCAGGACUAGGAAUCUACAGGUGAAAAACAUGAAACACAAGGACCAAAGGAUGAAAUUAAUGAAUGAAAUCCUGAAUGGAAUAAAGGUUAUGAAGUUUUAUGCUUGGGAGCCAUCAUUUGAAGAACAGGUGCUUGGAAUAAGAGAGAAAGAGUUAAAAGUGAUGAAGAAAUCUUCAUAUGUGGUGGCUGCUUCACUUUUCCUUAUUACAUGUACACCAUUCAUAGUGAUUCUAACUAGUUUUGCUGUCUAUCUUGCUGUGGAUCCAAACAAUGUUCUGGAUGCUGAGAAAGCCUUUACCUCCAUCUCACUGUUCAACAUUAUGAGAUUUCCUCUAAUGAUGCUACCCAUGCUUAUCUCAUCAAUGGUCCAGGCCAGAGUUUCCUGCAAACGACUGGAAAGGUUCUUAGGAGGUGAAAACUUAGACACCUCCGCAAUUCAACAGGAUCCCAGCUUUGAGUCUGCAGUCAGCUUCUCAGAUGCCACCUUUUCAUGGAAUAAGAAUGAAAGUCCUGCCAUUAAGAACGUUACACUAGAUAUCAAACCAGGCAGACUGGUGGCAGUGGUGGGACCUGUGGGAAGUGGCAAGUCCUCCUUGAUAUCUGCACUACUUGGAGAAAUGGAGAAUAUCAAUGGAUUCAUAAACGUAAAGGGUUCAUUUGCCUACGUACCUCAGCAAGCAUGGAUCCAAAAUGAUAUCCUACAAAACAACAUCUUGUUUGGUUUAGAACGGGAAGAAUCUCGAUAUCAGAAAGUCCUGGAGGCCUGUGCACUUCUGCCAGACCUGGAGCUGCUCCCAGCUGGGGACCAAACGGAGAUCGGAGAAAAGGGUAUCAAUCUAAGUGGUGGGCAGAAGCAGCGAGUCAGUCUGGCGAGGGCAGCUUAUAGUACAGCUGAAAUUAUCAUACUGGACGAUCCUCUCUCUGCUGUGGAUGCCCAUGUGGGAAAGCACAUUUUUGAGAAGGUUAUUGGCCCAAAUGGGCUGUUCAAAGACAAGACUCGAAUUCUUGUGACGCAUGGAGUCACAUUUCUACCUCAAAUGGAUGAGAUUGUGGUUCUGGUGGACGGUAAAGUGUCUGAAGUGGGCUCAUACAAAACUCUAAAGGCAAACAAGGGGGCGUUUGCAGACUUCCUGAACACAUACGGAGAAGGGGACCGCAGUGAGGAGGGAGAGGCAACAGUCAAUGUGGUGACAGAAGAAGAUCUCACACUGGGUGAUGAUCAGGAACCCCAGGCAGAUGAACAUCCAAGUGAUGUGGUGACUCUAACACUGAAACGGGAGAACAGUGAGCGUGCCAGAUGUAGGAAGUGGAGCAAAAGCAGCGUAAGAGUAUCUCUGAAGAAGGCCAUGAGGGACAAGGUACUGGCAUCAGAGAAAGAAGGACAUGUGGAAGCGGUGAAGGGUCAGAGACUGAUAGAGAAAGAAGCCGUUGAAACAGGAAAGGUGAAGUACUCUGUCUACUGGAAAUAUCUACGCAUGAUUGGUUGGAUGUACUCCCUGCUGAUAAUGGUGCUAUACAUCGCCCAGAAUGUGGCAACCAUUGGGCAGAACCUCUGGCUCAGUGACUGGACCAGUGAUGCUAGCUAUUAUGCCAACACCACCUACCCAUCAUCUGAACGGGAUAAACGGAUUGGCAUUUUUGGCGUUCUGGGGAUCGCCCAAGCUGUCUUUGUGUUCCUUGGAUUAUUCCUGAUAACAGAAGGGACAAUUGCCGCUUCCAGGGAUCUGCAUUCCCGCUUGCUGCAUAACAUCCUACACGUUCCCAUGCUGUUCUUCGAUACCACGCCAACGGGAAGGAUUGUCAACCGAUUUUCCAAGGAUAUUUAUACCAUCGACGAGACGAUCCCACUAACCUUUCGGAGCUGGCUGUCUUGCUUCUUUGGUGUGAUUGGCACACUGUUUGUCAUUUGCCUAGCUACACCUUAUUUUACUAUUGUGAUUGUACCACUUGCCAUCAUUUACUAUUUCAUACAGAUCUUUUAUAUCGUCACAUCCCGGCAGCUUCGACGGUUAGAAUCUGUGACCGGGUCCCCCAUCUACUCACACUUUAGUGAGACAGUGACUGGUUUGCCCAUAAUCCGAGCCUAUGGGCAUCAGGCCCGAUUCCUGAUGAACAAUGAACAAAUCAUUAAUGGAAACGUGAAAUGCAUCUUUCCCCGGAUUGUAGCAAACAGGUGGCUUGCAGUUCGCCUGGAGUUUGUCGGCAAUUUAGUGGUGUUCUUUGCUGCUCUGUUUUCUGUUACUUCCAGAGGCAGUUUGGCUAGUGGGCUGGUUGGUCUCUCCAUUUCAUAUGCAUUAAAUGUGACCCAAGCACUGAAUUGGCUGGUCAGGCAGACAUCUGAGCUGGAGACUAACAUUGUGUCUGUGGAGAGAGUUUCCGAAUAUACCAAACUGGACAAUGAGGCUCCUUGGGUAAUGGACCAUCGACCAGAAAAGGACUGGCCAGACAAGGGGGAAAUUAAAUUCCUGGAUUAUGAGGUUCGUUACAGACCAGAGCUGGAUCUGGUGCUACACGGCCUCACUUGUGACAUCAGGCCAAAUGAAAAGAUUGGCAUUGUUGGUAGGACUGGUGCUGGGAAAUCCUCCUUGACCAACUGUCUAUUCCGCAUCAUUGAAUCAGCCGGGGGGAAGAUCCUCAUUGAUGGACUGGACAUCUCCACCAUCGGGCUACAUGAUCUGAGACAAAGACUCACCAUCAUCCCACAGGAUCCCGUGCUGUUCUCGAGCACGUUCCGGAUGAACUUGGAUCCUUUCAACAGAUACACGGAUGAGGAGGUCUGGAGAUCAUUGGAGCUGGCUCAUCUGAAACAGUACACUCAUAGUUUACCCAACAAACUGCAGCACCAAGUAUCCGAGGGGGGCGAGAACCUCAGUGUGGGUCAGCGGCAGCUGCUGUGUCUUGCCAGAGCCCUCUUGCGGAAAUCUAAGAUCCUCAUCCUGGACGAGGCCACAGCUGCUAUUGAUCUUGAAACAGAUGACCUGAUCCAGACCACUGUUCGGACAGAGUUUGCAGACUGCACCGUGCUGACCAUUGCCCAUCGCCUACACACCAUCAUGGACAGCACAAGGGUGAUGGUUUUGGAUGCUGGAAGAAUCGUUGAAUUUGACACUCCCUCCACUCUCCUCCAAAGCCAAGGACUUUUCUAUUGUAUGGUAAAGGAUGCAGGCAUAAUAUUAACAGGGGACACAGCGUUUUGAGAGUUUCACUGGACAUGACAACAUGGUGUCAGUAACAACUGAAUGAAAGUUCUGUUACUGCUUUAGUGCACAUGUCGAUGCUGUACAAUUCAGUGACCUGAGGCUUUACAACAGGCUCCCAAAAUUUCCUUUCUUAUUUUUAAAUAUGAAAAAGACUUGGAAUGAAGCAUUAAUGAUUUGCAACAUAUGAAAGUUCAG